ACCAAAAAAAACCAAAAUAAAAACCGUAAAAACCGAACCGAAUAACAAACAGUUUUCCUAUUUUUUAUACAAAAUCAAACCGAACCGAACCGAACCGCCAAUUUACACCCACCCCCUAAAAGUAGGUGUGAACCUACAUAUUGGUGGAGGGAGCAUAUCAAAACGAGUAGGAAAUUUCGGACCAAUUUUUUUUUAAUUUUGUCUUCGGAAGGUUGUUUACACCGAGUAGAACCGGAGUCGCUUGCCUCUCUCUGAGUUGUCUCUGCCAUCUUCGCACUUCAAUUUCCGGGAAAGAUCCUUCCCAUCCCUCUCCCAUCUCCCCUCUGCCUAUUUAUAUUCUCCACUUCCCCAUCAUCCAAUUCAUUCAAAUCACAAUCUACCGAGAAAAUUGACGGAGAGGGGUAUUUUUUUUUAAUUGGAUCCCGGAGGAAACGAAUGGCGUGCGGCGGCGGCAGCGGGAGAGGAAAGGAAGAGUUCGAGGACAUGCUGCCGGAGAUGGCGGAGAGGCUGGGCGGGGAAGGGCUGAUGAGAGAGCUGUGCAACGGGUUCAGUCUGCUGAUGGACGGAGAGAGAGGUGUGAUCACAUUGGAGAGCCUGAAGAGGAACUCGGCGGCGUUGGGGCUCCAAGAUCUGGGGGACGACGACCUCCGGAGCAUGCUCCGGGAAGGGGAUUUGGACGGCGACGGGGCUCUCGAUCAGAUGGAGUUCUGCGUUCUCAUGUUCCGGCUCAGUCCCGACCUCAUGCGCGAAUCCGAAGCUCUCCUUCAUCAGGCUCUCGAACAUGAACUCUUUGCCUUUUCCUCUUCUUCUUCUUCUUCUUCUUCUUUUUCUUCUUCAAAUUCAUGGUUUGUUUGAUCGAUUGAUUUCCGAUCAUCCUGAAUUCUUGAUCGAAUUGGAACGCUUUGAUGAGCACAAUGAAAUAUAUAAAAAGUCGUUUC